CAUUUGCUAUUGACAUUAUCCUAUUCAUAGGAGAAGCAGACAUAUAAUUUGUUUUAUGUGUAUAAAUAUAAAACAUAGUGGUUGAUCUAGUUCUGCACUGAGGGACAUAAAAAUUAAGAAAACCUAAAAUUUCAGGGCAAUUGAUGUAACCUAUGACGAGCUUAAAUAAGAAUUUCAUAUCAAAUAUUUUUCUUCGUUCAGAUAAACUAUCAAUAUACAUUGACUACACACGAAAUGGAUAAGCGUCAUACUGCAGAAAAUUUAUCAGAACAACUUAUAAAUACUUUUGGCAAAUGGGAUAUUACUAACAAAAUUUUAGCAAUAGUAACUGAUAAUGCGAAAAAUAUAACUAAUGCCAUUCCUUUGAUAAGUCCCGAAAUUUAUAGUGUUAAAUGUGCAGCACAUAGUCUACAACUUGCCGUUAAUUGUGUCUUAAAAAAUGAAAAUAUAGUUAAUAUAAUAAAACAAUGCAAUAAAAUUGUAGGGCACUUUAAACAUUCAACAUUAGCUAAAACAUCACUUGAAGAAAAACAAGAAUUACUUGGCUUAACAAAAACAACUUUACUUCAGAGUUGUAAGACAAGGUGGAAUUCUAUAUACCUUAUGAUGGAACGUCUCGUUUUGAAUAGAUGUGCAAUAUUCAAUGUUUUAGCAGAUCGAACUAUAACAUCUCAAUCUAUGGCUCAAAAACUCGAAAUUAAAGAACAUGAAUGGUUAUUUAUCGAGUCGCUUAUACAAUUUCUUAAACCGAUAUAUGUCACUACAAACAUUUUUUGUACGGAAAAUAAUUCGUCAAUAUCAAUGAUUAUACCAUUAUUAAAACAAAUUAUUGAAAAACAUUUAAUGCAAUGUCAUGAAAAUGAAGAUACCAUUGUACAAACAUUGAAACAAACAUUAGCUUCAGAAAUUAAACGCCGCUUUUCGCUUGAAUGGGAUUCAACUGAAUCUGUAUUAUUAGAACAAAUUGCUUCAUUCUUGGAUCCUAGAUUUAAAGACUUAGACCACGAAGUAUUAUCUAAUCAUGAGGCAAUCCGCUCUAAAAUAAAACAAAUAAUCAACCAAAAUAAUUAUCUCGAGCCCAAUGAAAUAACUACAGCUUCUCAAGAACAACAAAAUAAACAUAGAAGUGAUCUUGAAUAUAUAUUUGGAAUCAACAAUGAAGAAAAUGAUCUAACAAAAGAAUUUCAAAACUAUUUAGCAGAACCGCAGUUGAGAUUUACAUUAGAUCCCUUAGAGUGGUGGAAAACACGAUAUUUAAAAUAUCCGACAAUAGGUAAACUUGCUAAAAAGUAUAUGGCAAUUACUGCAACAUCAGUGAGUGCUGAACGUUGUUUUUCAACUGCUGGUAAUAUAGUCACCCGAAAAAGAGCUUCCUUAUCACCUGAAAAUGUAAAUUUACUUGUAUUUUUGUAUCAGAAUAAACGGCUGAUGAUUUAAAAUUAAAACUAUCAUCUAUUAAAGUAUGAUAUAUUAAAAUUAUUUAUUUAUUAUUAUUUAAUAUUAACUGGAUUAUAAUUAAAUAUUUUUUUAGGUACUAAAUAGGUACUUUUUGUUGUUUUCCUGUAUUCAUCUUUUGUUAAAUUA